UGCAGCCCGCAGCUGGGCCGCGCCGUCCAGCUCCUCCAUCGCCGCGGUGUCCGCGUCCGGGUUGUCACCGAUGCUCAGUACAUGGGGCUGCGGGGUUCCCAGAUCGGGCUCCUCCGGCACGUCGGGAUCCAGGUGCGCCAUGACCAGGAGGACGGGUACAUGCACCACAAGUUUGCCAUCGUGGACAGGAAGAUGCUCAUCACUGGUUCCCUCAACUGGACCACCCAAGCUAUCCAGAACAACCGGGAGAACGUGGUGGUUGUGGAGGACGCCGCGUACGUGGAGCCUUUUCUGGAUGAGUUUGAAAGGAUUUGGGAAGAGUAUAAUCCCAUCAACUACAGAUUCUUUUCCAAAGACAGUAAAUGA